ACCUUGAUACAUAGUUUCUUCUCUCUCUAGAUUUGUAUGGGUUGGUGGCUGCACAAAGUUUCUCGCUCUAGACUGUAUUCCAAAAAGUGAGACAGGCCGCCCCCUUUCUCUCUCGACCUUUCCUUUCCGAACCGAAGAAAAGACGGAGACGGAGACGGAGACGGAGACGGAGAAGCAAAGCAGGACCGACAAAUGGAGGCCGUGAUGCCCAUUUACUCUCGCUCCUCCUAGAGAGAGAGAAAGGGGGGGCCAUGGCGGGGUCAUUUCAUCCGUCUUCUGCAACAGCAAACGGGCACCCAGGAGUGAGAACCACUUCCUCCUCCUCCUCCUCGGCCUCUCUCAAGGGUUGCUGCUGCUGCCUUUUUUUCCUCCUCAUCUUGCUCGGCCUAGUGGUGGUGGCGGUGUGCCUUGUAAUUAUACUGGCCGUUCGCCCCAAAAAGCCACAGUUUGAGCUCCAAGCCGUCCAGGUCCAGUACCUCUUGGUGGAGCCGCCGCCCCAAUCCCCUUCUUCUCCUACCUCUCCAUCUCUCUCAUCGUCUUCCCCGGUGUUUCUCUCUCUAAAUAUCUCCAUGUUUUUCACUGCUCUGAACCCCAAUAGGGUUGGGAUUAAGUAUGGGCCGUCCAAGCUGGACGUGAUGUACAAGGGGGUGCCUCUCGGGGUGGCCAGCGUGCCGUCGUUCUACCAGCCCGCCCACAGCACCACGCUGGUCACCACCACAGUCACCGUCCGAAGGGCUAACAUUUUGCAGGCGGCUGCCCUCGAUCUCGAGCAGGAUGCUACCGUCAACGACCGCGUCGAGCUGCUGCUCACUGGGGAUGUUGCCGCCCAGGUCCGCCUCCUCCAGAUCAACUCCCCACAAGUCAAGGUGUAUGUAGACUGUGCUAUUGUAAUUAGUCCCCGGAAGCAAUCAUUGACGUACAAGCAGUGUGGCGUCAAUGGUCUUAAUGUCUGAAUCAGCUCUCUCUAAUGGAGCCCACCCAUCCAUGAAAUCUUAACAACAUACCAAUUGAAGUCUCCAAGUCAGGACCAAGUGAAGGUCGAGGAUCGAAAGGCAAAGUUAUCACAAUCACGGACCCACAUUGCUUGGGGGCAAGUUAUGGAAGAAUCGGGUGUGCGCUCUCAACUUAUCCUGCGCAAUGCGCCGGAAUUGUCUUAUAGAGAUUGUUUCUUUAUGUAGGAUGUGUGUAUUUAGAGGGCCAUUUUUACUAUAUUUUUCUGGUUCCUCUACAUUGAAGUUAAAGAAAGUUUUGCUUACCUGCAGUUUAGUUCAAUGCUGUUAUUUUCGUCUCAAAAGUUUUGGUCCUCUUUGUGAGCUUGUUGCAGCAGCUGCUAAAAAAAAAUGCAGUUUGUUUAUCAUGUAGAAGGUGAUUUGGAAUCAUUUAAUUUGCUAUUUUUGCAACGAGAAAUCAUCCUUUUACUGGCUA